AACAGGCUGUACUGAACCAAGCACAAUUACCAUAACAAAUCACACUUCUCUGCACAUGAGUGCGCAACAUCUAUUCUUUCUGCUGAUUUCAAGGUCACACCUUUUUAAGUAAUUUUCUGCGCAAGUGAUAUAUAUCAACCACAAAAGGGGAUAUGGAUGAACAACUUGUGAAGAAAUAUUUGAUUGGAAUGAUCGCCGUUUCUUUGUUAGGCUCCGUUAUAACGGGAAGUGAAACGGUUUUCAAAGUAGUAUUGUCGGUUCUCGUUGUGUUCGCUCCAUUUGCAGUCGCUUGGUAUAUGAACAACACAGCUGAAAUUCGACGACUCCGUAAAAAGAUCCAAGAUUACCGACCUGGUAAUUGGACUAUCAGAGAUGCAGGGACUAGCUGCAUAAGACCAUCCAAGGUUAGACUAGGUGUCUUCGGGGUGCAAGACUCGGGCAAGAGUACUUUUCUCAACUCUAUGCACUUUGCCUACAAAGGUGCAUGGGAGCAAGUCUACAUCGAGAGCAAUACGGUAUGGCCAGGAGGCGAGACUAUGUUUCGAGAUCCGGCUAUACUAACCGAUCAAGUAAUAACUUUCGAUACACGUGGGCUAUCUGAUCUGAGUACUUUCAGAGUUUCUGAUGUCAUGGAUGAAAUCACUGGAAAGCGAGGAAUCAACCCUCAUUGUCAGAAUACUGGAGAGAGGAUCGACUGUCCUAUCUUUAUCCUGAAAUACAACUCUGUUACUGGAAUAGAACAUUGUGGUAACUUCCUAUCGUCACUUGUACCAAGAAUCAGGCAAGAGUUCGGCUCGUAUCCGAUUAUGGUUGUGACCUUCGCUAACAGCAUUUUGAACCAGUAUGAGAUCGUUGACGACAUCACCAGAGCUGGUAUGGAGAAGAACAGUCUAUUCUUCAUUGAGAACUACACAGCUUCGAACCACGAGAUGGGUUCUAAGAAACACAUUGCUCUUCUCAAGAUCCUGGAAGCCUGCAUCAAGCGAGCCGAUGAUACCAUCACCUUCCGCUGGCGAAAAGAGAAGGAACCCGUAGUCAAGCCCGAGGGUCACAAAUGUAAGAUAAUGUAAAUAGUUCCUACACAUGCCACAUCACGUCGGGGUGGAUGAAUUUGUAUACUAGUCAGUACAUUGUGUACUUAUUAAGGUUACGUACAAGCACGUAGGUUACGCUUAGUUUUGUCUUGAUAUACUUUGAUGUUAUUUGCAAAUUCUGGCAGUUUGUACAAUCCAUUCAUUUACCAUGGCAUUUCAUAUUUCGAUAUUAUGGAAGCUCAAACGUGCCACCCAAGAUGUUCAGAUAAUCACCUUGUCGUGUUUACAAAUUUUGGGAAAGAUGAUUAGAUAAAAAGAUCUUAGGCCUGUUGCAUAAAUCUUUUUACCUGAGAAAACUUUGGUAAAAACUGACAACUAAGGUUAGUCUGAUUUCUGACAUUAACUUUAACACUGGGCAAAAACUCCAAUGAAAACAACCUGAGUUUUCUCAGGUAAUUUUUUUUUGUAUGCAACGGGCCCAUCGUGUGUACAUCGCGUUCGAGAGAUGAUGAGGUGAAAAGAUCUUGUAUCUCAUCAUAUCUAUACCCGUAGGAGAAACAGGGUUGGCGAUUUUUUUUAUUUAAAAAAAAAAAAAUCGGAUUUUUUUUAUUAUUUUUAUUUUUUAAAAGU